GCAUAACCCGAGUCUGUCGUGUGCAGAGUCGCGUCAGAGAGUUGCUUAACCGAGCUUGUUUUGCCGCAGAGCCGUGCUGGGUACUGAGGCUCCAACAGGCCCUGCCUGGCCCUUGAGCCCGUGGACGCCCAGGACUCUCUUCUUCCUCAGGAGAUUGUUGUCAAGGUCGAGAGAGAAGAUGCCAGGUCACUGGCUGUUCCAUCCCAGAUCUUCUCAGGGGAGAGCAGCAUUCAGUUUGAGUUGUCCGAGCCCCUUGGGCUUGGUUCAUACAGAGUCCUGCCUGUGUGGAAUCUAACUCAGAAGACAGAGGACAGAACAAUCAGAAAGAAAAGUGUAGGGGUACCCCACAGCUGAGCGUCUGAACGUUGAGCGCCCCCCGCCCUCCGCCAGGCUUUAGGCAGGGCUCCAGGUAGACGCUUAUUUCCAUCACCAACUGGAUUCGAAGUAAGACCGCGCGCCGCAGAGGGUUCUGGGAAGUGUAGUCGGGCCCUCCCUAGUCGGCCACUUCCGCUUCCGGCCGCCGCACCGGUGCUUUGGUUUCUUCUGCGAAGAGAGAACUGCAUAGAAGAGGAAGGAAUAACCGCAGGUCUCUUGACGUUAGAGCUCCAGGUCCCUGGAUCAUGGCAGCCAAGCAGGCUCUGGAGAGGGAAGGUGGAGGCAGAUACUUGGGACACCGGGUGUCCAUCUGCAGCUCCUGGUCAGAGCUUGGACAGUCUCAAGAAUGAGGAACCGCUGGAUCUUCUCCUUCUCCAGUUUAGGAAGAUCAGAGAAGAAAUAAAACUGCUGAUGCUCCAGAAACCUAGGAGGGGAGACCAUGGAGACUUUGACCUCAAGCCAGGAGGAAAGAGCUCUGUGUUCUCAAGCCUCUGCCCUUUCCCAACAUGGGGAAGACAAGACCAAGUUUCAGGAGCCAUUGACCUUCAAGGACGUGGCUGUGGUCUUCAUGGAGGAGGAGCUGGGGCUGCUGGACUACGCCCAGAGGAAGCUGUACCGAGACGUCAUGCUGGAGAACUUCCGGAACGUGGUCUCUGUGGGGCAACAACCUUUCAAGCCUGAUAAGCUGUGCCAGCUGGAACAAAACGAAGAGACUUGGGUGACAGAGAGAGAAACUCCAAGAGAGGCACAUCCAGGAGACAAGGAUGAAAAGGACAUGGAGUAUAUUCAAGAAGAGGAGCAAAGCUUGCUUUUGUACAGAGAGCUCUCCUACUGGGAAAUCUGGGAAUGCAUGGCUGGCGAAUUAACUCAGAAUCAAGACUGUAGAGAAAACCUUCCAGGGACAGAUUUCCAGUUCUCCAAAGAUGCUUUUCUCUGUCAGGAGGGGAAAGGAGCAUCUACUCAGGGUUCUCAAAUGGAAAAUUUGGUAGACAGUCUUCUAGGAGAUGGGUCCAUCAGUUUAGAAAAUCAAGAGUUUCCAGCCUGGAAAACUGCAACACCCAUCUCCACUCAAGAAUCUUGGAUAAAAGCCUUUGUGAAUGAGCCAUGGAACAUUCAAGAAAGGUGUAAAAAAGUCAGCUCGGAAGAUACAAUGUGUAAAUGUGACUGGGGUGAUUAUGGCUUCAGGGUAUCAUGUGGUCAUCAUGACCACAGAAAACCUGAAAGAGAGAAACCAUGUAACUGUGAUAAAUGUAGAGAAAACUGCAUUAAAAAGUCAGUACUUCAACACCCUCACCUGGGAGAGAAUGGCUUUAAAAGAAACGAACGUGGAAAUGGCUGCAGGGAAGAAUCAAACCUUCUCACUCAGCCAAGAGUGCCCUUGAAAGAGAAGCCCUAUACAUAUCAAGAGUUUGCUAAGAGCUUGAGGACGAGUGCCUGUCUGGAGAGACAUCAGAGAAUCCCCACAGGAGAGAAAUCCUUUAAAAGUACCAAGCGUGGUCGGGGCUUCAGGCAGAACACACACCUUCACAGCCUCCCCUGGGCCCAUGCAGGAGACAUGCCAUAUGGAUGUGAUGUCUGCGGGAAGGGGUUCAGGUAUAAAUCAGUCCUUCUCAUUCACCAGGGAGUGCACACAGGAAAGAAACCCUAUUAGUGUGAAGAGUGUGGCAAAGCCUUCGGGCGAAGCUCCAACCUGCUUGUCCAUCAGAGGGUCCACACUGGGGAGGAACCGUAUAAAUGCAGUGAGUGUGGGAAAGGCUUCAGCUACAGCUCGGUGCUUCAGGUCCAUCAGCGGCUGCACACGGGGGAGAAGCCCUACACGUGUGGCGAGUGUGGCAGAGGAUUCUACGCCAAGUCUGCAUUACAUAAGCAUCGGCAUGUCCACCCAGGGGAGAAGCCGCAUAGCUGUGUUGAAUGCAGGAAGGGAUUCUCUUGUAGCUCACAUCUCAGCAGUCAUCAGAAAACGCACACAGGAGAGAAACCCUACCAGCGCGACCAGUGUGACAAGGGUUUCAGUCACAACUCACACCUCCAGACUCACCAGAGGGUUCAUGCUGGCCAGCGCCUCUACAAGUGUGAGACAUGUGGGAAGAGCUUCAGCUAUAGCUCGGGGCCUCUCAUGCAUCAGAGGCUGCACACAGGAGAGAAGCCCUACAGAUGUGAGUGUGGGAAAGGCUUUAGCCGAAGCUCAGACCUCCAUGUCCAUCAGAGGGUCCACACGGGAGAGAAGCCCUACAGAUGCAUCGAGUGUGGGAAAGGCUUUCGGUGGAAUUCAGACCUUCAAAGUCACCAGAAGGUCCACACAGGGGAGAGGCCCUACAUCUGCAACACGUGUGGGAAGGGCUUCAUUUAUGCUGAUCUCCUCACCCAUCAGAGGGUCCACACAGGAGAGAAAACCUAUAAAUGCAGCAAGUGCAGCAAAGGCUUCAGUUACAGCUCAGGGCUUCUCAUCCAUCAGAGGGUCCACAUGGGUGAGAAGCCAUACCGAUGUGAAGAGUGUGGGAAGGGCUUCAGAUGCACCUCGAGCCUCCACAAACAUCAGCGAGUCCACACGGGGAAGAAGCCCUACACAUGUGAUGAGUGUGGCAAGGGAUUCAGUUAUGGCUCCAACCUUCACACCCACCAGAGACUGCACACGGGAGAGCUCUACACUUGUUAUGAAUGUGGAAAGGGCUUCCGAUAUGGCUCAGGUCUCCUCAGUCAUAAGAGAGUACACACUGGAGAUAAACCCUAUAGAUGUGAUGUGUGUGGCAAGGGCUACAGCUCACAUCUCCAAGGCCAUCAGAGGGUCCACACUGGCGAGAAACCCUAUAAAUGUGAGAAGUGUGGGAAGGGUUUUGGUCGAAGCUCCUGUCUCCACAUCCAUCAAAGGGUCCACACUGGUGAGAAGCCCUACAAGUGUGCAGAGUGUGGGAAAGGCUUCAGUUAUAGCUCAGGUCUUCGAAAUCACCAGAGGGUACAUUUAAGCGAGAAACCUUACAAGUAGACAUGAGUUGAAGUCUCCAGUUAGAACUCAGAAUUUUACAUUCAUCUCAGAGUCAACACAGGAGACAGACCUUACAGACGUGAUGUGUAGGGAGGUCUUCAGGAGAGGCUGAUGUUUUCUUAGCAGCUGGAAGGGAAGCAUAGUAGGAAGGAAAAAUGUGGAAGUUUUGAAAAUAGGGAAAGCACUUCAGUCACAAACUUCAGUCUUCAAGAGUCUGUUGCACAGAAAAUAGUCCUUAAGGAAAUGACCUGGCCAGUGGCUUCAGUAAAAAUGGUUACUUUCAUCAGAGUUGGCCCACAAGGGAAGUUUUACAAAUGAUGAGAGUAGUGAGAAUAUAUCAAAGAAGCAGAUUAUGGAUUCUUUGUGAGGGCAAAUACCUACAAGUGGCACAAAUGUAGAAAAAACGUUGUCCCCUUACUCAAACCGAUAUCAUCAGUACCUUUUAGAAGAUAGUUUUUUUAUAAAAAUUAAAGGAUGAUGUUAACGUUCAUUGAGGAAAGUAACCUUUAGAAGGGCAGGGAUGGUUUCAGGGAGAGGCAUUCUCUUGGCAUGUCUGGGUAAUGUAUCUCCAGCACAUCUUCAUCAUGUUUCUGUGAUGGAGUUUUAUCUCAGAGAGAUAAACUGCUCUCAUAGAGAGGUUAUGUAAACUGCAGGAGUAUUUUAUCAUUUUUAAACAAAAUCUGAUUGAGCUUUUAAUUGGCAUGGUAUUGAAUUUAUAGGUUAAUUUGGGAAGAACUUGCAUCUUUGAAAUGCGAAAUUUUUUUCCAUUUUCAAGUUAUUUAUUUUUAUAUUCACUUGCUAAAGUAUUUUAAGUGAUCUUUCAGUAAAAGUUUUUAGAAAUGUAAAAAAAUAGGUUCUGAAUAUUUUUAUAUUUCUAGGAUUAUGUUUUAUUGCUAUCAUGCAUAUAAUAUUUUUAGCCAUUUUAUCUCAUGCUGGGUUGGUUGGCUUUUUAUUUUUACCUAUAAGACACAUAUGUGAACAUUUUUAAAAAUCAGAAAUAUCAUUUUUAACUUGUCAGAAUAGCAGUGGUAAAACAGAUUCACCAAAGCCAUGUCCGUGGGGAUCUGUAGAAACAUGCAUUCUUACGCACUUACUGGUGAGAGUGAAAAUAGUCUUUUUUGAAAGAAUUUGUCAGUGUAUCAAAUUCAAUUUGUAUAACCUUUGAAGUGGCAAUAAGUGUGUAAUAAUUUAUACUUGGGAGAUAAUUGCACAUGUGGGAAGAGGUGUAUGUAUAUGGCCAAGCUCAGUAGCAUUUUUUUUUGUACCAUAGCAAAACCCCACAAAUGUUAAUACUCUGUUUGUAAUAAGUUAAGGCACAUGUAUACGAGGACCAGCCACUAGAAGUAUUCAGAUACACCUGUAAUGAUAUUGCCCACAAACUAGUGAACCAGGAAAGUUGUAGAAUGACAAUUAUACUAUGACCCCAUAGUGUUAGAGGGUGUGUGUGUGUGUUUAUAAAGAGAAAGAAAAAGAUGUGUGAAAGGUCAAUAUCAUAACUGCUUAUUUAUAGCGGGUGGAAUAUGGGGUCUGUAAUGCAUUUAUGUGCUUGUAUAUAUUUUACUUUGUAACAAAGAGUAUAUAUCAAUUUUGUAGCACCAGUAAAACUAUUUUUUAAAUAUUAGUCUGCUGGAGCAAUCCCUUAUGGUCAAAGAUCCAUGUUAUAACCUCUAUAAUUUUUUUUUCUCUUUCUACUGUUCACUUAGCACCCGGUACCAAAUAUAAGGUAUGCAAAAGAACUGUGAAAUUU